CUUUUGUAGGCAGUCAGUGCAGUAAAUUCACUCGGAGGAGCAGCUGCUGGGACCCUGGGACUUGUAGCUACGGAUUGCGGGGACCCAUAAGACACAUUUACACCCUCUGCGACUAUCGGGAUCUGACGCAGCGAAAACAUGGCGAGCGACGGCUGCAUGAAAGUCACCAAAUACUUCCUGUUCCUCUUCAACCUCCUGUUCUUUAUCCUUGGAGCUGUGAUACUUGGCUUUGGAAUAUGGAUUCUGGUGGACAAAACCAGUUUUAUAGCAGUUCUCCAGAGUUCGUCCUCGUCCUUCAGAAUUGGCUCUUACAUCCUGAUCGCGGUGGGGGGAUUCACCAUGGCCAUGGGGUUCCUUGGCUGCGUGGGGGCCGUGAACGAAGUCCGCUGUCUGCUGGGUUUGUAUUUCACCUUUUUGCUGAUUAUCCUCAUCGCCCAAGUUGUAGCCGGAGUUCUUAUUUACUUUCAGCGUGAUCAGCUGAAGAACGAAAUGUCCUCGAUAAUCCACGAUCUCAUUAUAAGCUAUAACUACGAGGACGGCAAAAACACGAGCGCAGAGAAUACCUGGGAUUACAUUCAGCGAAACCUGGAAUGCUGUGGUUGGUCCAGCAGCCAAAACUGGACCGCAAACCCUAUAGUUGCCAACAGCACAGAUUCUUUCCCCUGCUCCUGCCUCAAAAACGAAACUAAGGUGAACGGCUUCUGCGAGAGCAAACCUGACCUGAUCUAUAACAAGGGCUGCAUGGAAAGUGUGGAAAGCUGGCUGUCGAACAAUCUGGGAAUCAUUUUGGGGGUCUGCGUGGGAGUUGCCGUUAUCGAACUUCUGGGUCUCAUCUUGUCCAUGUGCUUGUGCCGAAACAUUCACAGCGAAGAUUAUACCAAGGUACCCAAAUACUGAGGAGCACCUCAACUGGAAGCUACGCCUGGACACCCACGAGGGAGGGGAAUUGCCCCUUCCAGCAUCUCAGAACCUUCUCCAAACUCCUCUUCCAUCACCCAGCUCCCCUGUGUAUAUAUGUAUAUGUCUCUAUUGCCAAAUCGUGUAAAUAGAGGACCAGACUACGUCCGACACCGACGCAAGAUUUGACUACUUUAGCAAUUUUGGUCACUUUUAGUUGGGGGGGGUUCUAGCCCCCCCGGUAUAAAGCUUCAUCGCACACAAAGUUACACCGCACGGAAAAUGUUCAGUUAUAUGUAGAUUGUUUAGAAAAAGAAAAUAA